AUGGUGAAUAUUCGGCAAUUCUGGCUGUCUUCCAGCCUGAUCCUGUCCCUUCUCGCUCAGCAAGGGUUGUCUAUGGUCUUUGAAGAGACGGUGGCCCCUGAUACCGUUAACCCCAUUCACGAGAGAGGAGACCCAUCGAACGAAGAUGCUGCCUAUUCGGUUUUUGAUCGACUGAGCAAAGACUCUUACUACUGGAGCGCUUCUCAAAAUGGUCAUAAGACGCUGGCGAACCUCACAGUCGACGUCGGCGACGACGAAGCAAAUAUCGUCUCCAUGGAGAAGUUUCGACACCUGCUGAAAUCCGUUGACUGUACCGAUAACGGCAUGGUCGUGGAGUUUGAAGAUACUCGUGCGUUCGGAUACACUCAGCGUGGAUGGCAGUGGGUCAAUGAUGACGAUGAUCGUAAAUUGGUCCUUGUGAUGGGCACUAAGCAGUGUGGCUGGAACUCUCACAGGACGCCAUUUAUUGUCUCGUCAAUUGUGUUCGACAAGCCAUCACUAAAGGCCAAGUUGAGCGGCGUGGCGUCGGAUUGGAAAAGGCUCUUCCGUAACUACGAGGUCACGGUGGGCAAGGCUCCAGAAUCAUCCACAAGCAGGCGAGACUGGGACUCGGAUGCUUCCCUAAGCUUCAACCACAAAAUACCUCUCAGCCAAUCGAUACCUAUUCCCGGCGGGGAUCUCUCCGUGGACAUUUCAUGUGAGGGGUGUGAAACAAAAGGAUCGUUCGAUUUUGGUGUCCAUAUCAAGACAACCUAUGGCACCCCAGAGUCUGCCUCGAUAACACUCUCGCCCAAUGGCGUCUCUGCAAGCUUGACGCCACGCCUAGGACUGAGUGGGAACAUGACAAAUGAGAUCACCGACGAGUUCGAGCUCAUAAAGAUCCCUGUCCAGGGCAUCUCAAUCCCAGGCGGUGUUCUUGAGCUUGGCCCGGAAAUUGUCUUUAGCUUUGGGUAUCAAAUUGGCCCUGUCAAAGGCUCCGCAGGUAUUACAUCCGGUGUGACUCUCAGUCUAGAGGACUCCGCAGAGCUCGAAAUUGAUUUUCUGUCUCCGGACGUGUCCGCUGGCGGGUGGACUCCACAAGUUGAGACUCAGCCGAUGAAGAUCGAUGCUAAGAUCGAGGCGGGGGCUGAGAUUUACACCAAAGCAGAGGUUCAAUUCUCUGCGUCGAUUCUUGACCAGGGCUAUGAAGCCGGUGUCAAUCUAAAACCCUACCUCGGAGCCAAUAUAGCAGUCUCUACCGACAAGGGCUUGGGAGUCGAUGUAAAUCUGGGAGCCGAUCUUGGAGCUCAUAUUGCGGCUGGCGGUAAGUUAAUUCUCAAUAAUGGGUUUGAGUAUUCCCUGACGAAGUUAGGCACUAAGGCUUGCGUUACCCCGAGGGCUGGAGUCAGCCUUAACGUGGAUAUUGCGGAGGUUGAUACACCUGAAGACCCCGUUCUGGAGAAGACAAUUGCGGAGGUCACUGCGCCAAUGUCACCGUCUUGUUUCAAUUUUGGCCCGGGCGGUUCCGUAAGCCUAGGGGCUGGCAAAAAUAAGCCAACUUCAACCAGAAAGGCUCCUAUUUCCUCGGUCAAAUAUACACCCACUCCUUCAACUACACAAGACACCCCGUCAAACCCCACCACCACCUCAUCUUCGACACCACAACCAUCGUCCACUACCCUGGCCCCGUCUCACCGCAGACGAAGCCACCUACGGUAUCAUGCGAUGCGAGGACACUGA